UAAAUGAAGGCGCUCAUCAUGGCGCGUGUCGUGACAGUUUUUGCGCACCUGUUUUUAGCUGUGUUUUUCGCUUUGGCGUACAUGUCGCAGUUCGGACAGAUUUCAUGUCACUGUAGCGUUUUAAACAAGAGAAACGAACUGGACCGAGAGCUGGACAGCCACGGUGGGCAUGUAGUUGGCGGAGAUGAAUCGCGUAUCCCAGCGCUCAGGCGUGGAGAUUACAGCGGGGACCCCGACGGACCGGCCAUGGGAGUUCCCCGAGUCCGGAGGGCAUCGAGUCUGGACAAAGUCUCUCUGCUCAGCAGCUCUUUCGUCCUUAAAGGUGAUGCCACCCACAACCAGGCAAUGGUUCACUGGACGGGGGAGAACAGCAGCGUCAUCCUCAUUCUCACAAAGUACUACCAUGCAGACUCCAACAAAGUUCUUGAGAGUUCCCUCUGGAGAUCUAGUGAUUAUGGGACCACCUACAGCAAGCUCAACUUGAUGCCUGGGACAACAAUCAUAGUCACAAACUUCUACAUCUGUCCCACCAAUAAGAAAAAGGUAAUCUUGGUGAGCUCCCACAUCAAUGAACGUGACCAAAUGCUCUUCAUCAGCACUGAUGAGGGUGCAUCCUUCCAACGACAGCCUGUAUCCUUCACCGUGGAAACACUUCUCUUCCAUCCCUCAGAGGAAGACAAACUUUUGGCCUACACAAAAGAGGCGAAGCUUUAUGUCUCCACUGAUCUGGGUCACAAAUGGACUCUGCUACAGGAGCGUGUUACUAAAGACAGAGUUUUCUGGGCCGUGAAGGGAGUGGAUGUGGACCCUGAUUUGGUUCAUAUGGAGAUUCAUGGCAUCGGUGGUGGAUACCUUUAUGUGACAUGUCUCAUCCAGAAUUGCUCGGAUAAAAUUGUGACAGCACAGUUCCUGGGGAAGACUGACCACAAUUCCCUCUCAGUGCAAGAUGAGUACAUAUUUGUAAAGGUAACCACAGGAAAUCAUACCAAGUAUUAUGUCUCGUACCGGAGGAAUGAAUUUGUUCAGAUGAGAUUUCCGAAAUAUGCCCUAGCAAAGGAUGUGCAAAUUGUGAGUACAGAUGAGAAUCAGGUAUUCCUGGCUCUGCAGGAAUGGUAUCAGACCGACACGUACAACCUCUACCAGUCAGAUCCACAGGGAGUCCAUUACUCCAUUGUGCUGGAGAACGUCCGCAGCACCAAACAGCCUGAAGAGAAUGUCCUCAUCGACAUCUUAGAGGUUCGUGGGAUUAAGGGAGUUUUCUUGGCAAAUCAAAAAGUAAAUGGAAAGGUGAUGACUCUCAUCACUUACAACAAAGGCAGAGACUGGGAACCCCUGGCCCCACCCACAGCUGAUAUGAAUGGCAAACCAGUAAAUUGCAUGCAGCCUGACUGUAACCUUAAUCUCCAUUUGCGAUGGGCUGACAACCCGUACGUGUCUGGUACGGUCCACACUAAAGAUUCUGCCCCAGGCCUCAUAAUGGGUGCAGGUAACCUUGGGUCUCAGCUGGUUGAAUAUAAAGAGGAGAUGUACAUCACCUCAGAUUGUGGCAAGACCUGGAGACAGGUAUUUGAGGAAGAACAUCACAUUCUCUAUCUGGAUCAUGGUGGUGUCAUUGUGGCCAUUAAGGACACCUCAAUCCCUUUAAAAAUACUGAAAUACAGCAUAGAUGAGGGCCGAACAUGGAGUGUCCACAACUUCACCAGCACUUCUGUUUUUGUGGAUGGACUUCUGAGUGAACCUGGGGAUGAGACAUUGGUUAUGACGGUAUUCGGCCACAUAAGCUACCGUUCAGAUUGGGAGCUGGUGAAGGUGGAUUUCCGUCAGUCUUUCCCCAGACAAUGCACGGAAGAUGACUAUGACUCCUGGAAACUCACUGACUUACAGGGAGAGAAAUGCAUCAUGGGCCAGGAACGAAUGUACAGGAGGAGGAAAGAGACAUCAUUCUGCAUUAAAGGGAAGAGCUAUACAUCAGUUCUAACUGCCAAACCUUGCCAGUGCACAGAGAAAGACUUUGCCUGUGACUACGGUUUUGAGCGAGCUACCAGCCCUAGGUUAGAGGGUGAUCGCUGUUAUCCUGACUUUUGGCAUGAUCCUGACACUCCUCCUGAAAACUGCCAUUUAGGACACAGCUAUAAGUCCAGCACAGGUUAUCGGAAGGUCAUCACUAAUGUAUGUGAGGGUGGAGUGAAUAAAGAGCAGAGCGCAAAGCAGCAUUCUUGCCCUCUGCUGCCCCCUAAAGGCCUGCAGCUGGCCAUCAAAGGACAGAUGCUUGCAGUGGCACCUGGUGAUGACAUCACCUUUAUAGUCCAUCAAGAACAGGGUGACACUACCAGCACCAGAUAUCAGGUAGAUUUAAUGGAUGGGGUCAGGGCUAUAUAUGAAAACCUGACUGUUACAGAUGAACCCAUUCAGCACCGUUAUGAGAGGCCAGGUGUUUACAGAGUUAAUGUGAAGGCUGAAAACUCUGCUGGACACGACCAAGCCACCCUUUAUAUUCAGGUCACAGCUCCACUAAAGGAUGUCCAUCUGGAGGUGGUCCCAAUUGCAGGCAGAAAUCAGAAAGUAAAUCUCACAGCUGUAGUGUUUCCUGCUGAGACAAAUCUUACUGUGUUUUACUGGUGGAUCGGCGAUAACCUUCAGCCAAAGCUGACAUUGGAGAACAGUCUGAUCACGAGGUUCUCUGAGGAGGGUGAGGUUCCUGUGACGGUUCAGGCCUCUAAUGGUCGCUCCAUGGUGCAGGACAGCAAGACUGUCCAUGUUUACGAUCAUUUCCAGGUCAUCCCACUGAGUUUCAGUCAUAAUCUGGACCGCUAUAACCCAAACAUACCUGAGUGGAGACAAGAUGUGGGAGAGGUCAUUACCAAGAUUCUGUCUAAGCUCACAGGGGUUCCUCAGGAUUCUAUGGUUACCAUGGUGAAGCCUGGUCUUCCCACCACAGCAGACCUGUAUGUUCUUCCUCAUGAGGCCACACCAGCGAAGAGGAGUGUGUUUGUGGAUAAGCGUGUUCCCACAAUAAAGCAAGUUCUGUGUGAGAAUAAUGUGAGCUUCAUUGUGAAAGGAGGUUUAAGAGUGAUGGUGACUCUGGCAGACUCAGAUGCAGGUUCCCGUUUGGGCGCAGCAGGUGCAGGUGUUUGGGCACUCACAGUCAUUCUUCUUAUAAGCUUGACCUCUGCUGCAGCCUUCAUGCUCUUCAAGUUUAACAGGAAAAACUACAAAAACCAUGGUUCCUUGCUGAGGCCUGAAGAUAGCAGCCUAACGCAUCCCUGGCUGCGUUUCAGAAAACUGCCAGGGCGAAACGUCUAUGCCCAGAUGCACAAUGAGAAAGAGCAGGAAAUGACCAGCCCUGUCAAUCACAGUGAGGACACACAGAACAUCAUUCAAGGGGAGGAGUUCAUCGAUGACGACCUUGACUCACAGACUCUAGGUAAUGCUGGAGGCAACCACUCAGGGGUGGUGUUGAGCAUAAAUUCAAGGGAGCUGCACAGUUACCUGACCAGCUGAUGACCAUUGAGAGGGUGCCAGUGAAGAGCACAAUAGACUCUAUGCCUUCCUACUCUCUCCAGCUAUGUUCUUUCAGACACCAUUACAGGAGAGAGCAGAGAAACACUUGCACCAAACCCCCUUUUCCUCUCUCUGUCUUCUUCAACCUGAUCUCAUGAAAAUUCAUACAUAAUUUAUGAGUUGGCUAUUUCGUAUGGUCUUGAAUGAUGUUGUUGGCAUAAACUCAUACGACUUCUUCAGAUGCAAAUUCCUGGAUGUGUAAUGUGGAAGUAUGUCCUUAAGGACAUACUUAUAAAUAUUAUGCCCAUACCCAAACUCCCUAUCUAAACCUGGUGAGUGGUGGUGGUGUAGUGGUCUAAGCACAUAACUGGUAAGCUGGUAAUCAGAAGGUAAUCUGAAGGAUGCUGGUUCGAGCCCCACAGCCACCACCAUUGUGUCCUUGAGCAAGGCACUUAACUCCAGGUUGCUCCGGGGGGAUUGUCCCUGUAAUAAGUGCACUGUAAGUCGCUUUGGAUAAAAGCGUCUGCCAAAUGCAUAAAUGUAAACCUAACCAAUCAGUAGAGUGUGUAAACAUGAUAGGAAGCUGUUGUGUGUGACAGAAGCAAGCAAUUGUCACAUAUUGGAUGGAAAUGAUGUCCGGCGACAUCAUUGGCUGUAGUGAAAGUCAUAGGAAUUCAAAGGAGUGCAGUCGCAUGAUAUCAUAUGAAUUAGCCAAAUUUAGAAAAGUCGUAUGAAUCCUGGUGAUUUCGCCAUGAGAUUAUGUUGGUCUUCUUUGUCUUUUCCAGCCUGUUCCCUCACUCCAGAAGGUGGAAUUUGUACCCAACCUACUGUGCCCCAGUUGCACUGAUGACCACGCACACUCACAUACUGUUGAUCGGCCUUCCUCUCAUGUUCACAGCCUGCAAUCUGUUUCAUUCUCUCAUAGUUGCUGUUAUCUGUCACUACACUUACUAAUGCCCAGGGAAAAGCUCAUUGACCAAACUCUUUAUUUGUCAUCAUUCUCACUAUGUGACUGGUUUGUCAUGUGCACUUUUCUGUGUUUUUUACCCUUUCAUUCUUUCUCUGACCUAUCUGAAUACUUUUUUUUUACUCUCUCAGGUCACUGUGGUGUUGUGGUCAUUGAAAAACUUUCACUCAAACUAGUCUUGAGGAUGAAUCCUGUGCAGAGGUGGUGAAAUACACAUAGCGAGCAGGAUACAAAACAUGUUUGAUUCAGGGGAAGAAAUGUUUGUUAGAUAUAGCCAAAGGGAAAACACUUUUUCUAAACACUCUCAACUCAUUUUCUUCCUUUCUUUCCUCGUACAUUUAGUAUUGUAUUUAGUAUUACGUAUAAACACAUUUUAUUUUAACCCUCAAGGUUUCAAAAACAAUAACACUUCUCUCGCUUUACAUUUUAUAUAUAAUAUAUAAUUAUAUAUGGAAUUUCUGUCUGUGCCCUAUCUGAGUGUUAGGUCAGAAACAUACUUUGCACAAGUACGUGAACGCAGAUGCAAGCGCUUGGCCAAAGCAUUGUCAAUGCAUGGUCCGGUUGAACAUACAUGACAUGCAUUUUUGUGUUACUGUGGCGGUAACAAAUCUCCAUACUCAAGGGGGUGAUAGAGUUACGUUCAAAAUUCAGUGCCAUUAAACUGGAUGUUAUUAUUCAGGUAAGUUUGCUCUGCAAAAUUCUCUUUAAACUGUUGAUCCUCCAUGACAGUAGUUGACAUGAAAGAGAAAACUCAUAGUAGAAGCAGAAAGUUUACACUAUUGCGCCCCUUGCUGAAACAUUGAGACUGCAACAUGUACUUGCAUUAUGAACAGUGUUGGGUGUAAUCUGAUUAUAAAUGUAUUAGUUAAUGUAAUCAAAUUACUUUAGUAAUGUGUAUAUCCCAUUACAUUUUAAAUUGUAGUUAUCAGAUGACCGUUACUGACUUUCAAUUAAGUUAAUUACUUCUAAGUAAUUCUUCUUACAUUACUUUGGUGGCACAUUUCUAAUAUAGCACUAUGUAUGUACAAUUUAAAUCAUGAGUUGUUCAUAUGUACAUGUAUGCAUUUUUGUGACAGUGAAGGGCAUAUGCCAGUUAAUAAGUCAUUGUAUGGAAUAAAGACAUUAUUUAUGAUUUGUUGAGCAAAAAAAACAUUAUUUUAGAAAGUAAUUAAAAAAAAAAAGUACAUUCAUUAGUAAAGUGUUUACUUUUCAGUGAAGUAACUGGAGAACAAUUUUAUAUCAGAAAUUAGUCAUUUGUAGUGGACUAAGCACUGAUUGUGAAUUGCGGUCCGAUACAUUUUGGAACGCAACAAUGCAGGAAAAUUGAGCUUAUGCAGCUAGAAGCACCUGCGUUCACGUACAUGCAUAGUAAGUUUUGGCUUUUACUGUUUUUUCCUCUCUCCAGCCCCACACCAUCAAUAGCUAUGGUCCAGAUAGUAAUUUCUAUGACAAUUUAAAGAUUUUUUUAAAUUGAUUACAUUGACCCCAAACAUGGUUUGCUUAUAUAGCAAGCAAAACAUUUCUUGUUUUUAGUCAAGGAGUACAAAAAUGAUAUACAGUCAUUUGUAAGUAACUGCCAAACCAUCACAGCUGGAAUUGUUUUUGAUCUAAGAAAACCUGCACCAAUAGCAUCAAUCUGUCCCCAGAGUCAAAUUUGUAUCUUGUUUCUACAGGAAGUGUAGUGCCAAAUAUGUAUCAUGUGUCUUUAGUAUAAGUCAUAGCUUCUAAUCUCAUUCCAAUGCAUAAAAGCAUUUAAUCAGUGCUUUUUCAUUGCAUAAUGAAACACUAUACUAUAACAAAUCAAAUUCCUUUGUUCAUCAUGUUGAAAUCCUGUGAAAGCUAGCUAAGUUCAUAAGUUCAUUUAGUUAUUUAACUUUAGAUUUGCUCACAAACAUCAGUCAUCCAUCUUGACAGGGAGUCAAGAGGAGUGGUCCACAGUGUAGCAUUUGCUACCUGUUUGAGGAGUUUGGCAGGUGUAGUGUCUAUAAGCCUAUAUUAGGCAUCGUAAGACAUGAUUAAGUAGUACCCUUUUGUUUGGCUUGAGUAUAUAUAUAUAAAACAAUGUGUACAGAGAAACUUCAGUUGUAUAUAGCCCCUCCUAAAUACACUUUCAAUAGACCAAAGUGUGCACUGUUUUUUACCCCCCAAAUGCCUCACACUGGGUUUUCUUGAAGUUCAGGAGUCCUGGACAUUAAAAUUAUCACUUCUACAUUGUGUCUUCACACAGUUUGUGCCAUCUCAUAAUUCUACUGUCAUUUAUCAUCUUUACCUUUUGCAAGAAACAUUUACUUUAUUCAACAUUGUUUACUGAAGAUUAUUCUUAAUAUUUAACUAUAUCUAUAACAUUCACACUCUCGUGACUAAAGAACUGUGUGAGAGGUGGUGCACCAUAUCAUACUGAUUAUUUUGGCAUAAUAUGGGUUCAGCUAUUUCAAUGAAGGUAGCUGUGUGAAUGGACUGUUAAGAUACUGUCUUUAUGGUCUAUUGCUGUCAGUAUUGCUGGUGUUAAAGGGAUAUUAAUUAAUGAGGGUCUCUCACUUGCACUAUCACAUAGCUGUUAGUAGAGUUAUUCAGAUGGUUUUAGGGACCACUUCCUUUUCAAUGAGAUAGUUUGCUGUAAGUACAUAACAUGCAUCACUGAGAAAGACACUGUGGUUAGCUUGACUGCACUUGAGUAAAAUGAGAGUAGUUUGCCAAGUCUUUACCAACUGCUUGAAACGUUGCAUUGUAUUUUAAUCAAUUCUAUCGUGGAGCUUAAGCUGAUGUGAACUAUAUUUUUCAUGUUAAAUUGAAACAAGCACACUGCUUCAUAAUGGUCUAAGACUCAAUGUCUCUCAGCAUAAACCAAAAGGGAAGAUGGCCUCUCUUCACACGGACCCAGAAAUGUAUGCUAAUGUUUAUCAAUAAUAAUAAUACAAAUAAUACAAACCAGUGUUUCUGUACACUGCAAUCAGUGUGGACUUAUUGCAGCAGAAGUGGUACUGUAUAAAUUCAAUGCAUUUAUCUCUUUUUUCUUAUUUUUUAACCUGUAUACAGUAUACAUAGUACAUAGUUAUUUAGUGAUGUGUAAUCUCUAUUUCCAUCCCCCUUUUACCCAAGUGAAAGAGGAACUAUGAGUACAUUAUGAGCAAAAGCUUGAAGUGUGUCUACAUCAGUUCAGCUUAGUGUCUGCACACUCCUACAACAAGGCAUUUCUGAAAUAACUCACCUGGAUCCACUUUUUGAAUCUCAGAUUUUACACUCAAACGUUUUGGAAAAUUACUAUACAGUUAAAAUGAUUCUGCCUUUUGCUUCAUUCAAUUUGUUCUUGUUGUUUCUUUAUGUAAAUGUAAAUGUUUUUGACCACUGCAAAAAGUGAAACACACUUAAUCAGUGUGUCCUUAAACACACCUUAACUGUAUAAAUUAUGUUUUGUUAGU